GCUGGUGGGUCGCAGUGGAGAGUUCGGGGGGAAUUCAGACGCUGUCUGGGGGAGUUUCCAUUGCAGCAGAGGCGGAGUAAACACUGCACGGUAUACUGCACAGUUUUGUUCCUGACACCUUUCUGUUUUCGACAGCAACAAAGGGAAAAUAUGAAGUUUCUGGAGCUGGGGGACUCCACAAGUCGCUUCAGGUUCUCUCAGUCCAGUGUGGGGUUGGCAGGUUGCCUGUGUGUGAGCUACGCAGUCUGGACACCGUUCUGGCUGAAGGAGAGGGGACUCUGGACAGAGUGGAAUAACACUAAAAGUGACCAGACAAAUCAUAUAGGUGGCAAUGACUUCAGCGCCCUGGAGGCAGAGAGAGUAUUUGGAGUGCUCUCCUUCCUGAUGGCUGUAAGCACGGGGGCUCUGUGUCUGGUGUUUGCCCUCUGCUGGACAUCUGAGACGGUGCGCUCCUACUCCAACACUCGCUCUCUCCUCAUGGCAGGACAGGCCCUGUACCCCACCACCCUGCUGCUGUUCACCAUGGCCUCUACAGGUUUCUUCUUCCUCCUCAGCUGGUCCUUUUUCACCUAUCAGCACAGGGAAGAAAUCCGCCAGGACUUCUCCAGCCUCGGCUCCUCCUAUUGGCUAGGGGCCUUAGGUUGGGUCCUGCUGUUGGUCGUGGAGAUGAUAGUGUUUAUAGCUGAGCAAGCUGUUGUGCCUGACAUCCUGCCAGACUUAGAGAAAUGUGUGGAGUCCUGGCGGAUUUCCUCUCAACUUAAGGCCGCUAAACGUUCUUUCAGCGACGGUUAUUACCCUGGAAACUGCAUAAGCAACAUGGCUCCUAAUAGCCUUGAGUGGGGUGCAGAAAUUAGGACAUGACAGAGGAAAUGAUUGAUAAUGUGUAUGUUACACAUUACUAACACAGACUCAAUGAGGAACCAGCAAUUCACACUCGUGACUCGCCUGAUCGAGCCCUGGCAUCAAGCUGAGAGGCCUGUUUGGGAAUCAUUAUUAUUAUUGAUCUAUACAACCAGACUGAAUAUUGAUUAACUGUGUUGGGAGUUCAAGUGUUUGCCAGAGGAAUUAAGUUGGAUUCCUGAAAGUCUCCAGCUUUCUCAAGAGCUGAUCAUAGCAGUGAUUCUCCACUUUGUUUCCAGUAUUGACUCAAAAGUAAAACACACUAAGGACCAACAAUACUGGCUGGUUAACUGGGCGGUAAAUGUAAGAUGACAAUUGUUGUCCUACAAAGUGUAUGUGGUGCUUGUUGUCCAGGUGUGCCCCCAGGCCAGAAUCAGAUCCAGCUUUGUUUUGUUUUUUUGUGUCAGAUUGAUGUUAUCAAAACACUCACAAAACAUCCAGCUUGUACCUGGACUAUUGUUUUUUCUUCAAGUACUAGUGUUUCAAUGUGUCUGUAUAAGCUGCAAAGUUGUUGAUGUAUGUUAAAUACACGUAUGUUUAACAUUAGAUUUUUUUUUGUUUUCUUAUAAAAGGUAAAACAAAGGUGUUUGCUAAUACAACAAAUGUAAAUAUCACUUUAAUGAUUCCUUAUUUUAUUAUCUAUUAGUGGUCAUAUGCUGUGUUGUACAUUCAACACGGAUUAGUUUAACUAUGCUGAUCAUGUGCUGUCCUCCACAGCUGAAUAAAAGUUGGAUACGUUUA